CUCUACAGAAUCCUCCAUUUUCUGAAUUCCUCGGCUUUCACCAGAGCUUCACACUAUGUCACAUUCUUCUUCUUCUUCGGAGCUAAUCUCAUUAUAGAUCUUCCCUGCCACACACUAAUUGGGGGUCCUCAUUCUCUUGCUUUUGUGCCACCUGAACUAUAAUUUAUUUAUUUAUUUAUUUUUAUCUUUCUUUCUGUCUUUUGUCGGUGCCCAUUGGGUUAGAGAGUCGAGAAAAGUUCGAUCGGCGUUGAGGAGGACAGUGUGGUCUAGUGUGCAGACUCGCAAGAUGGCGCAGCCUUUGCAAGGGUAUGGCUUCGAUCAGCUUGCUUCCCCUCCAGGUGAAGAGCAUACUGAUUUGACUUCGGAAGAUCAGUGUCGCGACCAUGUCGAUCAUCAUGGUCACAAGAGGUCAUCGAUCUUCGGGAAAUUCAAGGACAAGACGAAGAAGGCUGGGUCUAAAAUAAAGCAUAAUGUUGGUAAGAGUUGGAGCAACGGUGAUGGCUCCACUAUCGUCGUCGAUGAUGAUGAUCAGGGUGAAGAAGAGGGCGAUGCCACAAGCUCCACCAGCUCCAGUAAUGCUGGUUUGUCGUCGCCUACCUCCCCUGCCAUUAAGGUCACUCCAUAUUCGGGCCCUACAUCGGUGCCUCGUGUGUUUGGAACGUAUCCGAGUCCUAAGCCUCGUAAAUCCGAAGAUACAGAUAAGAGAGAUACUGACUCAGCUUCCGUCAUGAGCAGACUCAGUAUCAGCGAGACGCAAAAUAUUGCGCCCGAGACGAAAUCUACCACACAUGAGCCAUCUGCAGCGGAGGAAUUGUCAGGGGUUUCCCCAAACUCUGGAAGAAGGGGAUAUGAUGCUGCAGCACUUACUCAGGGCACUGAUACGGAAAACAGCGAAGUUAACGAUCAAUCGAAGAAGGCUAUAUCUUGGGGGCCUCACAGCGCCACAGAUGCAGCGUUCGAGACCAGGGAUACUGCACAGUCAAAGGUGAAGGAUGUGAGUAAUGCCAACGGUGACGCAGCGAUGGACACGGAGCAGGAGAGUGGAGCCGCCUUAGGUUCAAAAGACGCUGCCAAAGACACAUUUGUAACGAACCUACAAUCCGAGGAGCCUUCCGUGGUGGACAAGGCCAAGGAUUCAAUCAGCAAUGGCACAGCAGAUGACUACGCAGCAAGUGGCAAUGAUGCAACCGCGGAGACCCUCUGUACCGAGCCCCGCUCUUCGCCGGGUCCUCAUUCAAGCACAAGCACUGGAACAGCUCCGGCAUAUGAGAUGAGAGAUGCUGCUCGAUCGAAGGCGGAUGAUUUGAACAAUGCCACUGGGGACUCAGAAACUUACACGGACAAGGCGACCAAUGCUGCUGCAAUCGCGACGAAGGACACGGUUACCGACAAGUGGGGCAUGAACCAGCCAUCCGAGGGGCAUUCCGAGGUGGACAAGACCAAGGACACGGAGGGAUCUGCGGUCGACACCACCAGGGAUUCCAUCACAUCUGAAACAGACACCACCAAGAGUUCAACAAACAAUGCUGACACAACCCGAAAGGAAGAAACUGCAGAUAACACUCUCGCGCCCAUCGACACCUCCAAAGGUUGUGCAAACCAUGUGAAUGUCAUCGGCGCCGAUGUUCCAGUGUCGAAGGAGGAGGACAAAGCGCUCAGCGAGAAGAUCACUGAAGCUCUUGGGUGGCUGGUAACCUCAUCAACAAUUCCUGCCACAGGGCACAGUGAGUCUUCACCUGGAAUCCUUGGCAAGUUCACUGGAUUUCUCGCACCCAAGUCGUAAGAAGAUCAGCCUCAUACUGCGGUAGCUCCUCAUUCUGAUGCCGCCAUCGCCACCUCUUAUCACUGAAUCGGUCACAAGCGACGCACCCAAUUUUGCUGCUGGUCCGGGGUGUGAUUUGAGACGAGUAGGGAUGAGAUUCUUCAAGUUUGCGAUGUCGACCGCAUGAUUCCUCGCGCUUCAACUCGCGUUCCUUUCAGUCGGCACGAGGCGUUAGAGGCGCCGUGUAAAUUCAGCUCCAUGAAUCAUAAUUGUAUGUAAAGCAACUAAUUAAUACGUAAGAAUCAAUCAAUCAAAGCAGUCUUUUGCCCUGAU